AUGUCAGACGAAGACUCAAGGCCUGUAGUUUAUUGUUGCACGAUUAAACAGUAUCGCGAGGAUUAUCUUUUACAAAAUGCUGAUAUAAAGUUAAUAGUGCUUACAAUAAUCACGCUGAAUGAUGGUUCAUGGAAAGUGCUCGAACUUGAAGACAAGGUGUACGCUAGCCAGAUAAAAGUUAUGUUUACAGACCUGUCUGUAUUAGCCAGAUAUAGGGAAAACUUGGUCAACCUGAGAUGGGCACAUACUGCUGCAAAUGGCGUCGAUGUCUUUAUGAAAGCACUUCGAAAAGAUGAGCCUUUCCCAAACUUCAAACUAACAAAGACUCCUGGAGCCCUGAAUGCAUCUCAAAUAACAGAAUAUGUUAUAGGCCAUAUUAUAGCUUAUGAGAGGAAACUAUUUGAAGCAAAGGAAGCACAAGACAAGAACAAAUGGAACAGAGACAUAUAUACUAACAGUCGCUACAUACCAUCUCUAACAAUAGGAAUUCUCGGAAUCGGGCAAAUUGGACAACAUCUUGCCAAAAUAUGUAAGGGAUUCGGACUCACAGUAUGGGGUCUUUCACGAAGGGAAUCUUCGCCAGAAAACAGAUGUGCAUAUGUGGACGUAUUUAGGACCACAGAACGACUCAAUGAUCUGCUAGAAAACUGUGAUUAUAUUUGCAAUGUUUUACCAAGUACACCAGAGACCAGAGAUUUGCUGUCUGGAGAUGUGUUGAAAGCCUGCAGCUGUAAGAAAAGUAUUUUCAUCAAUGUUGGACGUGGAGAUGUAAUUGAUGAACAAAGUAUUGUCAAUGCAAUAAAGAACGGAUGGCUCAGUGGAGCAGUGCUAGAUGUUUUUCGCGAGGAACCGUUGCCUUCUUCUAGCCCCUUUUGGAACCUUCCGGGGGUAAUAGUAACGCCACAUGUAUCCGGUUGGUCAGAAGCUGUAUCAUACACCAAGAAGAUAACAGACUUCUUUAUUGACAAUUACCAGCGUUACACAGAAGGGUUGCCUUUGAAAGGAGUACUUGAUUGGUCACAAGGUUAUUGACACUGUAAACGGAAACGUUGUUGUUUAUACAUCAUAGUUUUACUGUGCUUGAUGAAAAGAAACACUGCAAUUGGAAAUAACAUACAUGUUUAUCUAUGCAAAAUAACAAACAUUGCUAUUGAAAAUUAUACAUAUUAUUGCAAAAAUAAUAACAAACAUGCAAUUGAAAAUUACAUAUAUUCAUGCAAUAUAAAAAGAAACGCAGUAAUUGGAAACAUGUACAUGAAGUUGGCGACUGACCGUUUAUUCCGGCAAUGUUUGAUCUUUAACAUUAUGUUGCAUAUAAAAUAAGGAUCGCGUCUUUGAUGUUCAUUGACAUAUGUCUUUGCUUAAUUUGUACAUUUUUUGCAUAUAAAUGUCUUUAACAUUGAAACAUAUUCCGUGUUACUAUUUACUGUAGUAUUUAGAUAUGUACAGAUUUAUUACAUUUGUAGUUGAGAAAAUAUUAAGCUAUGCUGACACUUUGUUUUAGAAAAGAUUUUGCCUUUAACGUUGUGAAAGAUUUAAAAUAAAAGAGAUGCUAAUGCAUUUUUUGCGCUGACUUCUUUGUGAUUGCUUAGACUUUACCGGUAUUUCAUGUUUGAAGUAUGGACCUAAUUUCAUGAUUGAAGUUUAUAUACACUAUGGUUAGGAUAAUAUGUUUCUGUUAUUA